CUGAGAUCUUUCUCUGACAAAGAACAACCUCCCUCGUAAAAAUAUGGACGCCGAGACAACAAGAUGCGGCAAGCUGCCUGCCGGACUGGACCUGGAGAUUUCCAGUCACCCCUUGACCAUGAGGCGUGUGGUCAACCUGGUGGUCGCCAUGGAGAGGUUCAAGGGCAAGCGCUCCCAGACUGUGCUGAGCACCGAAUUCACGGAGGAGAACCUCCUCAACAUCAUGAUGGAGGACAUUGUUGAAGUGAUAAACAUGCCCGAGAGUCGUCCGGCUUCACAGGACCAGUUCAACCGGACAGGAGAGUACCAGUGCAGUGUGAGCGACACCCAGAAGAAGAGUUUGGUGCUGCUCCGUGACAGCAUGGAGCUGCACGCCGUCAUGCUGCAGGGAGGAAGCAGCCACCGCAAAGUGCACCUGAACAUGUCCACCUACGUGCACCCAUCCCCCAACACGGAGGCCCGACCAGUGGCUCUGGGCAUCAAGGGCACGGAUCUCUACCUGUCCUGCCACCAGGAUGGUGACAGGCCGACUCUGCACUUGGAGUCGCUGGAGGACAGAAGCAGUCUGACGAGGAUCGACUCAGAGAGCGAGAUGGUGCGUUUCCUCUUCUAUAAACGGGACUUGGGGGUGAGCAACAGCACCCUCAUGUCAGCACACUUCCCCAACUGGUUCAUCAGCACAGCAGAAGAGGACAACUUGCCGGUGGAAAUGUGCCAGCGGACUGCCAACCGCUACAUAAACUUCAACAUCCAAAGGCAGAGUUAAAGACACAAACACGGUGCUCAAAGGUGCUUUUCACACUUAGAAUUUGCUUUAACUGCUUUUAGAAGCGUUUACACCCCUCUUGGUCUGGUAAAAAAAAUCAGAGUGUACCGAAAUGCAUCACUAUCAUCCACGUGAGAUUGCUCUCUUCUCCAAUUGGUCAGAAGGACGAGCGUAAACAGGUAUCGGAGCAGGAGUGACUGAAACGACUUUGUUGUCGCUACUAAUCAACAAAAAAUGUUGCUUUUGGAUAACUUGAAUAGUUAGGUUUAUAUAGGUGGGAUGUUUUAGAGAAAAUCCCGAGAAAUGUAUCCUCCUUCACACGGUGAAAACGUGCUGCUUGAGCAAGAGUGUGAUGACAUGCUAACCGCUAACAUGCUAACAGUAUGGCGUUUACGAUCUGAAGUUUCGUCAACAUUUUCAUUCAGCUUUUUUAGAUGGUCUCGGACCAGUUGGUUUCGAUUACCAAACAAGAUAAACGUGAGCAAACGAAGCGAGAUUUUGAUGGAAGUGGACCAAAAGAGGUGAAAGCACCUCUGGAUCAGGUUGUGGACUGCUCAUUUGUAGCACGAUGUGACAAUACAUGUUUUUCUAUAUAUUUAUAUAAUAAUUUAUAUAAGUUAUUUAUUUAUGUAUUUAAAAUCAAUUUCAAAAGCACUUAUUUAAAGCUCUGCGUUGUGACAAUUGUUUUAAUAUUGUGUCAGCCAUGUGUAAUAAAACUGU